GAGAGGAAGGGGUGGGGGGCGCCAGGAGCAAAUCCUGAAGAUCCUCGGUGCUGCAGUUCAGUAAAAGUGAGAGGGCCUCAGACACCGCAGCUGCUGUCGAAGAACGGGAACAGCUCAAAGUUUAUUUCCUGCACUGGAGAUGAAUUGUCUUCCACGUGUUUACUUCAGCUGGGCUCUCCUGACUGUAGCUGUGUUCCCCGCGUCUUCAGGAGAAAUGUAUACAUCGCUGCUGAACGUAAAGCAGGCGAUCAGCGUUGAACGGAAGCUGAUCGAUUACUUGAGAACUUAUAUUGACCAGGAGCUGGAGAGGCUGGAGGACAUCAAACGAUUUUAUGUCAAAGUGUCUGACCUUCACACUGAACUUUACAAAGGCCCGGGGACUGCGAUGGCAAACCCUCUGGUGGCAUUCACCCUGAUCAAGCGGCUGCAUUCAGAGUGGCUGAAUGUCGUCUACAGCAACGAAGCCUUGGAGAACGCACAAGCCCUCAGGUCCGGUUACGAGGACAAAGAGGCCGAUCUGCCCAAACUGGAAGACCUCCAAGGGGCCGCCAAGGGGCUGAUGAGGCUGCAGGAUGUGUAUGCUCUCCAAGUUACGAGCCUCGUAAGGGGUCGUUUCCAGAGAGUCUCUAAUGGAAAGCCUAUUGAUAUCUACAUGCCCACAGUCUCUGUCCCACUGUCUGGUGAUGACUGCUUUCUGGUUGGAAAGGUGGCCUACGAGCAGGAAGACUACUACCACUCAGUGCAGUGGUUGGAGGAGUCGGUGCGUCUCUUCAGGGGAACCGGAGGCGAGUGGAGCCCUGAGAAUGAAGGGACUUUAGAGGACGCCCUGGAUCACCUGGCCUUCUCUCACUUUAAAACAGGAAACGUCUCCUACGCUCUGAGUCUAUCUCAGGAGUUACUGCAUUACGAUCCAAUGAAUGGAAGAGUUUUGCAGAAUGUUGAGAAAUAUGAGAAGCUGCUGGUCGCUGCUAGUCCACCCAGGGUCAGUGGGUUGAGGAGACCCACAACCAAACAUGUAAGGACCAGGGACACUUAUGAGAGACUCUGCCAGACCCAAGGCUCUCAGCCAAUGCAUUUUGAAAACCCCAGACUAUUCUGUGACUACUUCACCAACGACAAUCCUGGGCUGCUACUGCUGCCAGUAAGACGUGAAGUGCUGAGCCUGCAGCCGUAUGUGGUCCUCUACCACAACUUCAUCACUGACACAGAAACUGAAGAUGUCAAGAGGAUCGCCCAGCAAGGACUGACAAGGUCUGUGGUGGCAGCCGGAGAGAAACAAGCGACAGCAGACUAUCGCAUCAGCAAGAGUGCAUGGCUGAAGGACUCAGCACACUCCAUCGUUGGGAAGCUGGACCAGAGGAUCUCUAUGCUCACAGGUCUGAACGUGAAGCAUCCAUAUGGCGAGUACCUCCAAGUGGUGAAUUAUGGGAUUGGUGGCCAUUAUGAGCCUCACUUUGACCAUGCUACAUCACCUUCAAGUCCCGUGUUCAAACUGAAAACUGGGAAUCGAGUGGCAACCUUUAUGAUAUACCUCAGCUCUGUCGAGGCAGGUGGGUCCACAGCCUUCAUCUACGCCAACUUCAGCGCUCCUGUCGUGGAGGGCAUUGCUGUAAAAGAGCAUUCAAGCUCAGCCAACUUACCCUGUAUAAACAAAGAAAGCCGCCAUCUUCUGGUGGAAUCUCCACAGAAAUGGUCAAGGAGACGUAGACACCCUGCAUGCUGGCUGCCCUGUGCUUAUUGGGGACAAAUGGGUGGCAAACAAAUGGAUCCAUGAGUAUGGCCAAGAGUUCCAACAUCGCUGCAGCCUGAAUCCUGAAGAGUGAGAGGGGUGGAGCAUUAGCUGGGCCCCUUUGAGUACAAGAGCCAGCCUCUACAAUUGAGAGGCACACUUAAAGGCGAAGAGAAGGAGGCAGCCAAAAAGUGAACACACAGGCAGGGAGGGUGAGAGCCACGAAGGGGCAGCCUGCAUCUGUGAUUGGAGCUCCAGGCCCCAGGGAGCCUGGAGCAUACAGCGGACACUUCUGCAGUGGACAUGGAUAGCACACUGCCGAGAGGAGUGGAGCUGUUGGCAAUCGGCCCCCAGAGGCCAAAUGCUCUCUUGCUCCUACUGGCCAGAUUCUGCAGAUGGAGAGAGGCCUCUGCCUUCACACACUGUGCUGGUUUCAGUUAACUGCGCAAGGCUGUUUACCUCCUGCUUGCUUAAAAUCGUAUAUGUUAUGCAGCUCUUUUCCUAUGCUGGGCCCACUCGAGGGUCUGUCAUUACAGUCAACACAGCUGAACUUUGUUCAGACUCUCAACACUUUAUUUUCUUUUAUUAAAAUCUGAAAAUGCCAAAUUUACAAAGAUGGGCUACUCAGUAUGCCAGGAUGAAUAUGUAUAAACUGAUGCAUAAGACAUCUAGAAUCUUCUGGGUUUGAACAUUUGUUACUGUAUGAGUGAUACUUCUCUGAAAUGUUAGCACCAGCAGAUGCAGAACAUGUAGUCUACAGGGUAGAAAAAAGUACUUUAUGACUUAUCUACAGAGAUUUUGGUUAAAGUUCUUCUGUGUUCGGUCAUCUCAGACCUCAGGACUCCAGUUCAGACUGGUGCUAUGAGUCAAAGGAACCAGUCAUUAUGAGUGUGCCUGUUUAUUCCCAGCUGACUGAACGAUGUGGUCAUCACUGCCUGUGGGAGACGCUCUCAAUUUGAUAUGAUGUAAUAAACUGUUUAAUGGAACAAGUGAA